CGGCGGUUCCCCUUUCCCUACUCUGACUCCGGCCCGGUCCCUCUCGGGCGGGACCCCCGGAGGAGGAGAAGACGGGAAGGGGAGCUUCCAUUCAACCCUGGGGAUCUUCCCACAUUGUUGCUGAGAUCAGCUGGGACCUGUGACCAGGGGGAUUCCUGGGCCUAGAGAGAAAAGCUUUCUCAGCAGCAUAGGCCCAGAGCUGAUGGCCAGCAAUGUCUACAACUAACAACAUAGCGCAGGCCCGGAAGCUGGUGGAGCAGCUCCGCGUUGAGGCCGGGAUCGAACGGAUCAAGGUCUCCAAAGCUUCCUCCGAGCUCAUGAAUUACUGUGAGCAGCACGCCAGGAGUGAUCCCUUGCUGGUUGGAGUUCCUGCCUCGGAGAACCCCUUUAAAGACAAAAAGCCGUGUAUCAUCCUAUAGUUCUGCUCGCCUGUGCUCACCCGGGGUCCUCUUACUCUCCCUCUGUCCCUCCAUCCUUCUGGGCUGCAGGGAUACCAUUCGGUAGUAAUUCCAAACCACUUCUCAAAUUCUCCAAAAGUUUCAUGGUGGGUGGGGGGGAGGGGGGGAGUAAGCCUACCCACAUAGAGGGCUUGACCCCAGAUGUUAAAUUAAAGUGGAAUAUAUCCGAACCUAGCCACACCCCCACACCCCUUCACAGGAAAGCCAGGACAGGGGUGACUGGGGGCUGGGGCAGAUUGGAGGGGCUUCAGUCUCAA